UGCCGAACGUUUAGUGUACCAUUUGGGAUCUCACCCUUUUCAGAUACUCCGAGGCAAGCGUCCCUAUGAGGAUAUCCUCAACGAAUACUAUAUUCCAUCUGCAGUCGCGAAACAGGACCCCUACCAGGGGGAUUCUUCGGAUCCCUGCUGGGGAGCACUUCAAAGCUGCCUCGCACGUGAUCCUUCCGAGCGCCCUGCUGCCGGUGGCGUUGUCGAACGCUUAGAGGGCUGUCAUCGAUGAUUGGAAUAUCCUCUCUGUUGCACGUCCAAUCUCUCCCCGCCCAUCGAUUCGUCCGUCAUCACCCAUGUUGCCGAAGCAAAAAGUUCGCGAUCUUCUUGCGGGGGGAGGCGAUAGUGCAGUCGCAAUUCUUACUGCCGUCGGUGCUGCACCGGAUGUGUUCCAUCCCUUACCCGCUGCCGCCAGUACGGCACUCGUUAUCCUCCACGAGGUCAAGAAGUCCAAAAGGAACAAGAAGGAAUGGGAGGAUUUUGGACAGUAUAUUGUGAACGUCAUGGUCGGUGUGAUCGCAGCCAUCGAUCCCUAUAGUUCAUCCGACGAAGCAAAGCUGUGGGCGGAACUGAGCGAGUCGUUGCAGCGCAUUCGAACUGAAAUUGGACAACGGCAUGGAAGGAUGGAAGGAUUGUUUGCCUUUCGAAAUCGCUUCUCACGUAUGAAAAUUCGCAGCAAGAUCGAUGAUUUAAAGAAAGAUUUUAAUAUGGCCUUGGCGUCGUUCCAGCUAAGGACAAACCCAGCAACUGGCACAAAAAGAAACGAUCUGGAUCAGUUCACCCAUGGAAUAGAGAAUUCUUCAGUUCUGGAUGAACUUGAAUAUCCCGCUGUCGUCCACCAUGACUCGACUCAAGCUUGCCUGGAAGGCACUAGGACUGAUUUGAUUCAGCUUAUUAUGUCCUGGUGUCAUGACAAGGGAGUUGGUGAGAAUCGUGUAUUGCUACUGACGGCCGUGGCCGGUGCUGGCAAGACAUCCAUUGCCCUCUCUAUUGCAGAAGAGUGUCAAAGGGAUGGGAUAUUAUUGUUACGUUUCCUCUUCAAGGCGGGUGAGCAGUCACGGCCAGAUCAUCUGUUUAGCGGCAUGGCUCGAUCUCUGGCAACACACGACCCUGCGUACCGCGCCACCGUCAUAUCGAUCCUUCAAGAGGAUCCAGCCCUCUCGACUGCCCCGUUCGUCACCCAAUUCGAGAAACUAGUGGCUAGACCUCUCCGUUUCAAGGCAUCGCUGCCUGACCGUCCCAUGGUAAUCAUCAUUGAUGCGUUAGACGGGUGCGACACGGAGGCAUUCCCACAUCUUGCCGAUAUACUUCGGAAAGAAGUGCCGAAACUACCGUCCAACAUCAAAUUCUUUGUUACUUCCAGACAAUUCGGCCUCGUUGAUCGUUUUCUAUCACCUAAUUACCCCAUCGAUCGCCUCGGCCUCGAUCUCUCGCCUGAUGCUAACAUGCAUGACUGUGCUAUCUACAUCCGAUCACAACUACGCGAACUGAAGGAUGUGCAUCCUGGUUUGGAAGACCGAAUCGAGUACGAGGAUAAAUUGGUUCAAAGCAUACUGGAGCGGGCAGGUGGCUUGUUCAUUUGGAUCAGUAUCGUCUUCCACUACAUGAAGAUUACCAACGGUGAUCCUGCGAGGGUGCUGAAGAAACUGCUCAAUGACGACCUGAGCCGAUCAAAGGCCUCCCCUGAGAAAAUGAUGGAUGGGCUGUAUACGAGCAUUUUAGAGAAAUGUAACUGGGAGGAUGACGAUUUUGUGCAUGACUACCCGAUUGUGAUGGGAGCAAUUCUAACCGCACGAAAACCACUAUUUGUUGCGGCGUGGGAUGCCAUUCUAUCACCAUUCUUGUACUCACCCAUCCAGUAUACAUUGGCGGAACUUGCACCCCUCAUCUUGAACAAGCCAAUUCGUAUCUUGCAUCAAUCUCUUCACGACUUUCUCAUGGACCGAAUCGAACCACAAUCACCCAUACUUUGCCGAUUUGCAGUGGAUGCAGGGAGGGAGAAUACCAGAGUGGCGCUGCGUUGCGUUCAAAUCUUGAAUGAGGGACUUUCCACUAUGGAAGGUUUAGGGCUGAUUGAGGAUUUGUCCGAAAAGACUGAGCUGCCACCCAUUCCUCAAGAGAUGCUGUCCGAACAACUCCAUUACGCGUGUCGGCAUUUCGUGUAUCAUCUCAGCCAAGUUCAUGAGUCACCGGAAGCGCACAAUGAGUCUCUUCAUACAUUUUUCAGUCAACAAAUAAUGCAGUGGAUGGAAGUCUGUGUAAGGACGGAAGGGUACAUUAGCAUAUCAUCAUUCCCUGAGUGGGCCAAGUUGAGCGUUGAUCGAUCUUCAAGAGAAGUCAUUCGUAUGUUGAUCACAGUAUUUGACAACAUGUACAAAAAUCUUGCAUUCUUUUUAAGAUUGCAGGAGGCACAUGAGUUGGCAAGUGAUUCCGUUGGGUUCUGCCGUUAUCUUGUGUCUGCAGACUCGGAGACCUAUAGCCCGGAUUUGGCUCGAGCGCUUCGGAAUCUUUUUAUGUCACUCAACGAUUUCAAACAGUAUUCUGCAGCGCUCCCAGUGAUCGAAGAAAAUGUCAAAAUCUGGCGCAAUCUUGUUGCCACCGAUCCGAAAUCAUACACCCCGGAUUUGGCUCGGGCACUCGGGAUUCUUUCUGUGUCUCUCCGCAAUGUUGGACGGCAUCCAGAGGCCCUCUCAGUGAUUGAAGAAAGUGUCAAACUCUGCCGCGAGCUGGUUGCUGCCGAUCCGACAUUAUACACCCCGGAUUUGGCCAUCUCACUCGACAAUCUCCGUGGUGCUCUUUCCAACCUCGGACGGCACUCGGAGGCGCUCUCAUUCAUCGAAGAAAGCAUCCAACUCUACCGCCAGCUGGUUGCUGUUCAUCCAGGAUCAUACACCCCAGAUUUGGCCAUUUCACUUAGCAAUCUACAUGGUACUCUUUCCAAUCUCGGACGGCGCUCGGAGGCGCUCCCAUUUAUCGAAGAGAGUGUCAAACUCUGCCGGUUGCUAGUUGCUGUUGACCCAGGACCAUACACAUCGCAUUUGGCUAUGUCACUCGACAAUUUAUAUAAUGCUCUUUCCAAUCUCGGACGGCACUCGGAAGCGCUCCCAUUCAUCGAAGAAUGCGUCAAACUCCGGCGCCAGUUGGCUGCCGUUAACCCAGGAUCAUACACCCUGGAUUUGGCCACAUCAGUCAACAGUCUAUAUAAUGCUCUUUCGGAUCUCGGACGGCACUCGGAGGCGCUCCCAUUUAUCGAAGAGAGCGUCAAACUCUGCCGCCAGCUAGUUGCCGUUACACCAGGAUCAUACAUCCCGCAUUUAGCCAUGUCACUCAACAAUAUGUUUAAUGCACUUUCCAAUCUCGGACGACACUCGGAGGCGCUCCCAUUUAUCGAAGAAAGUGUCAAACUUUACCGUCAGCUAGUUGCCGUUAACCCAGGAUUAUACACCCCAGAUUUGGCCAUGUCACUCAACAAUCUACGUAAUGCACUUUCGGAUCUUGGUCGUCAUUCCGAGGCACAAAUGGUUCACAUUUGAACGUGUUCUCCCUGUCAUUGCAUUCCCCACAAUGCUGCCUGCACACAGUGAAUUGGAUAUCCGGCUCGAGAACACCCACAAAUCCGACCACAUUUUUUUUUGA